UGUCUCUUUCACCAGCACCUGCAAGGGAAGGCAAAGCAAUGAAGAGGUUAAAAAUAUUUUCUGAAAUUUGGCAUUGAAAACUAUGCAAGGAGGGAGUCAAAGUGAAUUGGGGAGGAGGAAUCUUGUGCAGCACACAUCUUGGCAGUAAAUACAGCUCUCUGAUAUUGGAUGCAACAAGACAAUCAGAAGGUACCGGCAACAAGCAGUGGUUUGUUGAAAGUGGCUUCAAGGUGGUAUGGACUCAGCCCAGACCUCAGCCUGCAUCUCUCAGGAGUGGCCUUCAGGACUGAGAGGCACCUGGAUGACACUCAGAAACUAAUGGAGUCCUGGAUUUUGUGACACUGUUAGUGUGCUCCUGUCAUUCCACUUUGAUCUUUCUUAGUUAUCCAGAUAGGAGGCAAAAGGAGAUGCAGUUUGGGAAAUGAGCGCCACAAAGGAGGAAAACCAUUGUCAGACAGCAGCUCAGAUUGUCACUGACCUAUGCCUCAAGAAGCGCCUGCCCCAAUUGGAUUCGGACACCUGCAAGCAGUUCAGCUUUCCAGACCUGAGUGGCCCUGAACCAGAGCUCUCCAUCAGCCUUCUUGCAGUGAUAGUUAUUGUAUGUGGACUGGCUCUGGUGGCAGUUUUUCUCUUUCUCUUUUGGAAGCUGUGCUGGGUGCCUUGGAGAAACAAGACCAUCUCAACUAAUAUCCCUGACUCCCAAUACACAGCAGAACACAACAAAGAGACCAUGGCUGACAAGUUAAAGGAUACAGGGACUCUUGGCUUCUUAGAGGCAGCUGUGAAGAUCAGUCACACAUCUCCAGAUAUUCCAGCUGAAGUACAGAUGUCCAUGAAAGACCAUCUCAUGAGGCGCACACGGAUACAAAGACAAACAACAGAGCCUGCAUCAUCGACCAGGCACAUUUCUUUCAAGAGGCACCUUCCCAGGCAGAUGCAUGUUUCCAGCAUGGACUAUGGCACAGAACUACCACUUGCAGCAGAGCAGCCAACUUGUAUUGGCCGAAUCAAACCAGAGCUAUAUAAACAGAAAUCUGUAGACUCCGAAGAUCCAAAGAAAGAAGCAGAAAAAACUUGUGGGAAAAUAAAUUUUGCUUUGAAAUAUGACUAUGAGAAUGAAACCCUUAUUGUGCGGAUCGUCAAGGCUUUUGACUUGCCUGCCAAGGAUCUCUGUGGAAGUUCGGACCCUUAUGUCAAGAUCUACCUCUUGCCAGACAGGAAGCGCAAGUUCCAAACACGUGUACAUAGGAAAACUCUCAACCCCACCUUUGAUGAGUCCUUUCAGUUUCCUGUGCCAUACGAGGAGUUGACUGACAGGAAGCUCCAUCUUAGUGUCUUUGACUUCGACAGGUUUUCCCGGCAUGACAUGAUCGGGGAGGUGAUCUUAGAGAACCUCUUUGAGGCUUCAGAUCUUUCUCGCGAAACCUCCAUUUGGAAAGAUAUUCAGUAUGCCACAACUGAAAGUGUGGACCUGGGGGAGAUCAUGUUUUCCCUUUGUUAUCUGCCAACUGCAGGUCGCCUCACUUUAACAGUCAUUAAAUGCAGGAAUCUAAAAGCAAUGGAUAUUACUGGUUACUCAGAUCCUUAUGUCAAGGUAUCUUUACUCUGUGAUGGAAGAAGGCUAAAAAAGAAGAAAACCACCAUAAAGAGAAACACACUUAAUCCUACCUACAAUGAGGCAAUAAUCUUUGAUAUCCCUCCAGAAAACAUGGACCAAGUCAGUCUGCUUAUCUCGGUUAUGGAUUAUGACCGAGUUGGCCAUAAUGAAAUUAUUGGAGUUUGUCGUGUAGCCAACAGUGCUGAAGGAUUAGGCCGAGACCACUGGAAUGAAAUGCUGGCUUACCCACGCAAACCGAUUGCACAUUGGCACCCACUAGUAGAGGUAAAGAAAUCCUAUAAGGAGUGGCAUGGUCGAGCAGCCAGCUUUGACAGCCAAGGUUCAUGUCCCUCUCCCAAACCACCUCCAACGCCAUGAUAUCAGAAGUUGAAUGCAAUGGGACUCAACUAAAUUCUUCUCAUUUUGGUUUGGUAUUUUACCAUGUGUCCUGAAUUCUUAAGCAACCUAUUGCUGGAUCACAGAAGAACUGGACACCAGAGACUGAAAAUAGUUGUUUCCAGACUGAUAAAGGCAGCAGACUUGUUUUGUGGUCAUAUGUGUCUUAGUUAUUUAUGUCUCUCAAGGUGAUGUUUCCUGUGGUUUUUACUUUUUGGACAUAGCUGCCUGGGGGGAAAAAGUCAGACAAAUGAGACAUAGGCCAGUCUGUAAAAUACAGUAACAUGUAAAAUAGCUAUGUGUACAUGUGUGGAGACAGAUGAAUAAUAGAGAAAUGUUGGCAUUCUGCAGAUAAUCAUGCAGGUUUAAGGUGGAAAGUGAGGAUGAAAAGAUGAGAAGGCUUUGAUUAGACUCUUUGUAUCAUGUGAAGACCCUUUGUUAUUGUGAUCAGUGACACAUUACAGGUUUUCUUCUUCAUACUGUGAAGUUCAUGGAGUCUGUGAAAUGUGCAUCCCAGUCUGCCCUAUGGUGUUUUUUAAAGAGUUGCUAAUUCCUCAGGGAAAAAAUAACCAUUUUCUGUAUUUACAUUCUCUUGAAAAACUUUUUGCAUGAACUCUGUUGCUUAGGGACCUGCCCAGUCCUGCUGAAGUUCAAGAGCUGGUCACAGCUUUGUGAUUUAAAAAUCUCUCUUUCUCUCAAAACCAAAAUAUGGGUUGAUUGCCCACCCAUAUUCCUUUUUUUCCUUUGAGAGUGGGGAAAUGGAUGUAUUUGUGGAGCUGUUGUGCUCUCCUAAACUGUUUAGCAAAGGAGGAUUUUUAAAGGAACCUUUUCGUCUUUAAUCUAUCGGUUGUCACAAAAAUCAGUUGAAGCUGUUUGCCUCAAUCAGCUGAUAGCUAUAACAUUCUGAGUAUUUGGUUUUUUCCCAUAAACUUGAGAAGGUAAAAAGAAAUUUGCUUUAAAAACCCCACUAUGUUGAAAGUGUUCUAAAAAUAAUUAUUUCUGACCAAUUCAAAUACCUUUAUUUGUCAAAUUACAAGGCUGUCACAUAGCAUUCUUCUAGUUCUGAUCUCGAGGGUGCUAAUAAUGGCAUGUCAACACUGCAGGGACUCCUACUAUGAUUCCAUCCUGGCUUGCAUAGCUUACAGCGCAGUUGCCUUGGACAGUUUGCUGCUUCUUUCCUUCUUGACUGGAUUCCUCUUUUCUUAUAGUGCAGUUGCCACAUGCCACAUUCCCAUGAGUUAUUGAAGACUGACACAGCUAUCUCUGGGAACUUAAUGCAUUAGGUUUGCUUGUCUGUCUCAACUAUUCUUCCUAGAUUGCAUUUUUAAAUAUAUAUAUAUAUUUAUUUUCUCAAGAGACAGACACUACUGCACAUUCCCUCCAUAGGCAAACAGCAUGACUGCAAGGAGCUCGUGCUGCAAAUCUUAGCAGAUGAUAUUAAAUCUGUUUCUGCAUUUCCGCUCAGGCCUGGCACAUACUUUAUCUUCAGUGUCAUGGGAACUUCUGUAACAUAUCUGUUUCUGUGCCAAAAUAUUUGAAAGAGAACUGAGGUGUUGGUGUGGGUACUGUGCAAAGCUUAGAAAUGUUACUCCUUUGGGCAGCAACUUCCAGAAUUCCCAGGUCAACAUGGCUCAUGGCCAUACUGGCUGGGGGAUUCUGGGAGCUGUAGUCCAAAGAAGGGAGGUUUUCUAAAUAUAAAUUGGUUAUAUUUAAAGUCUCCUUCUUUGGAGGUCUUAAGCAGAGGCUGGAUGGCCAUCUGUCAGGGGUGCUUUGA